UCUGGGUUUUUUUUGUCAAAAAGUAGGGGGGGGGGGGGUGGUGGUAGAUGCUGGAAAUAGUCAGCCGUGGCCAGUGCGGUGUUGACAUUUUUCCACCGACUUCCCCUCACACACGGCACGUUCUCACGCUUCUCCGCAUUGAGCUCGGAGACAGUCCCUGCCCCUUUUUUUUGUGAAACACAAUGUUGGGUGGAGCCGGGAUACGGAAGGGGACCCGGGAAAGAGACAGCCAAUGCAGGGUGGUCGGGGCUAGUGCGGACCAUGGUACAGGUUGCUGCUGGGUCUCGGAGUGGCUCACGCAGCGAGGCCAAUGAAUGCGGCGAAAUGGAGCUUCCUGCUGUGCGCCUCGGUAAGCGCCGCCGUCUGCCUCUGUAUCUACAUCACCGGCAAGGUCAGGCGGCCCGUGCCCCAGGCCUGGAGCCUGGAGCGAGCUGAUUGCGGGGACUACCCGGACGAGCUGUGCACCGCGCUCUUCCAGGGCAAGGCGGCCGCCGUGGGGAUCGGGGCUCGGUGUGAGCAGCUACACCGGCCCCAGGCCAGGGACCAGAGCCCCCUCAACUGCACCCGCCUGCUGGCUGCCCACUCGUACAUCACCCGGACCCUGUCGCAGGAGGAGGCGGAUUUCCCCCUGGCCUACAUCCUGACUGUGCACAAGGACCUGGACACCCUGCUGUGGCUCUUCAGGGCCAUCUACGCCCCGCAGAACAUCUACUGCAUCCACGUGGACAACAAGACGUCGGCGGAGUUCAGGCGCCGGGUGCAGGAGCUGGCCUCCUGCUUCCGCAACGUGUUCCUCGCGUCCCGCAGCGAGACGGUGGUGUACGGCGGCUUCUCCCGGCUGCAGGCGGACAUCAACUGCAUGCGGGAGCUGGUGGAGUCCCCGGUCAGCUGGAAGUACGUGAUCAACCUGUGUGGCCAGGACUACCCGCUGAAAACCAACCGGGAGCUGGUACGGUUCCUCAAGAGCCAGCGCAAGAGCAAGAACAUCACGCCGGGGGUCCCACAGCCCGAGCACGUGAAGCUGAGGACCAGCCACGUCCACCGGGAGUACGUCGCCCCCGGGCAGUCCUACGUGAUCCAGACCCCGGCCAAGAAGGCGGACGGCGUCCCCCACGGCCUGAAGCUCUACUUCGGCUCCGCUUACUACGUCCUCACCCGUGACUUUGUGGGUUUUGUGCUGCGGGACGUGCGGGCGAAGGACUUGCUGCAGUGGUCGAGGGACACUUACAGCCCGGAUGAACAUUACUGGGUCACUUUGAAUCGGAUCGCAGAUGCGCCAGGAGCAGACCCCGAUGCUGGGUGGGAAGGCAAUGUAAAAUUAGUUAAAUGGCUGGACCAGACUGAAGUAACCCACAAUGGUUGUAAAGGUCACUAUGUUCGCAACAUCUGUGUCUAUGGUUUGGGAGACCUGGAGUGGCUUGUUCAAAAGGACUUUUUAUUUGCAAACAAGUUUGAAGUCAACAGCCACCCACUAGUGGCACAGUGCUUGGAGCGGUGGUUAAGACCAAGGACUUUGUCUUCUUCUGAAGUACCAAUUCAGCAAGAAUGGUACAUUAAGAAUAACAAGUGUUUCUUUAAUAUUGAAGGCAAUGACUGCAGCAUCCCCUUGAAGUGAUAUACGGAUCCUUAGUUAUAAAAGAAGCAAGAGAAAGAAGAGUUUUUGUGUCCCGCAUCCCUUCUCUAAUCCUAAAAGGAAGCUGUUUAUCUGUCAUUGAUUAGAUGGAAAAUAUUUUCUCAUCUUCCUUUUUGAAUUUAAUUGCUUCCCUCAUGUCUUUCCUCUGCCCUUCAAUUUGUAUCACCUUGAAAGUUUAUUUUUCAUAUUUAAAUUAUUGGUUUUUGUGCAGGACAUCAUUUAUAAGUGAAGAGAAUGAAUGGAUGGUCAGCAUUCCCAUCACUGCUGUCACUAAUGUGCAAUCAUCUGCUAGCAGAUGCAGAAAAACAAUAUUUUCCCUCCUUUCUUCUGCCUGCUCAGUGCCUCCUUCACUUGGUACUCUUCACUUUCCCAUUCUUAGAAGAGUUGACAAGAUGGUGGGAGUAUAGAUUACUUUCCAUAGAGUAUGUUGAUUGCCUACUUGAGAAUACCACGCAAACCAAAUACCACCAGCCUGUAAACUCCAAAAGAAAAUAUGAGCAAGGUGGGGAGAAAGCUUUCGGAAAAUCCAAAGGCACUAAACAAAAUGGACUCCAUUAACAAACUUAAAGGAGCAUUAGACCUGGCAACUCAAACAUGGGAUUGCAAGAGACAUCGUCGGAAUUGUUUUUUUUAUAAAAAUUCUAAUGCAGUAUCUAAGGAAUUAUAAAUGAUUUAAUAAUGUAACUCUGGUGGGUAAACAUUGGAAAUAAGUAUUAAGGUAUCAAUUUAAGAACAUCUAAGUUAACAUCUCAAUUAAAGGAAAAUAUGUUUAACAAAUUUUACCGGCAUUUUCUAAGGAUGUAACAAUUAUUUAGAGGAUGAAAAAAAUGGAUAUUCGUUUAGAAAGCCUGUGAUGAGAUUCAUCACACGGUUUAAGGAAGUAAUGAAAACCAAAGGUAUUGAAAUUUGUGUAAGACGAUGUAUUAAUUUUAUUAUUGAUGAGAAAAUGGGGGUAUUUAUUAGUAAUUUUAAUUAUAACAGAAUCGCUCAAAACAAAAGGAAUUUUAUGUGGGUGACUCUGCUGGUAUUUUUGACUAUGUUGGAAAUGUUGCAAGUAUUGCAAGUCAUAAUUGAAAAGUUAAAUUACCAUUGAUGUUGUAAAAUGUGACAACAUUGUAUAGUGAGAAAAUAACUGGUUAUUGAUAAGGAAUAUAAAGGAAAUCGUUGUGCAUUUAUAAUGUACUUUUGAUAUAGCUACAAAUACAAAGGCACUUCAAAGAUAAAUAAUUCAGUUUGAAUUAAUGGCAAAUUAAAGAAUGAGCUGCUACAAGGGAUAAUAAAGUGCUCAGUCAAGGAGAGAGAUUUAAAAAGAGUCUUUAAAAAGUGAAAAGAUUUAAUGAGGGAAUUCCAGAGUCCGAAAGCCUAGGUAACUGAAGGUAUAGUUCUGAAUGAUGGGCUGAAGGGAAAGGCUGAUAUUAAUAAAUUGCAAUCAGAAGAAUACAGAGUUCUUUGGAUUGGAGGUAGGAGCAAGUUACAGGGAUGUGCAAAGCCAUAAAAACAUUUAAACGCAAGGAGGAGAACUUUACAUUUGGAAAAUGUGAACCAGUAUAGAUCACAAAGAACAGAGAUUACUGGGAACAGGAUUUUGUGAGGAAUAGGAUACAGAUAGCAGUUUUGGAUUUGGUGGAAUCUAAUAUUGAAAGAAGAAUCUCGGUGAAUGGGAAAUAUUACAGAAGCACUUAGAAUAUUUAAGAAACUAUAGUUUGAUGGACCAAGUAUAAAUCCAAAGAAAGAGUUGUCACAAUCUGUAAACCACUGGUAAAGCACAACCUGAAGUAUUAUAUCUACAUUGGAUCAAUAUUUGCACAAUUGCAGGUGCACUGAAAACAAAUGUCAAAGAAAGGCAAUGUGAAUAAGAUCAAUUCUUGUUGGCAGCCCCUUGAUUUGAACAUGACAUUUAGUCAGGGACAUAAGUUUCUUCUGUGGGUCUUCAUGUGACUGUUCAGGCUGAUUCUCAACUUGCAGAUCUUUUGACAUGAAGGGAAGGAAAUCUUAUGAAGUAUGGAACCCAAAGUGCAGGAUUUGUUUCCUUUUUUUUCUACUGCCACUCUGUCUUGUUGUUUAAGGCAUUUCGACUCGGCACGAUGCAACUCAAUGGGCAAGUUAUUGCUGUUUUAAACGAUUUAUAAAUGAGCUCCAUGCAGUCACUUGCGCCAACGCUGCUGUACUUGAACCUUAGAAUGUUUUUGUAGUGUUUUCUUUGUCCUCCCCGAACACUGGCAAGGACCUGAGGGGGAGAUGUUGUGCCAUCCAGGCAGUGUCCUGUCCAUUGUGUGUGUUUUGCCUGAAUACUUGUAGACCUGGUUUCAAGAAAGACACCAGUGUUUGUUUGAUGGUCCUCCCAUUAAACAGAGUGUCAUAGAAUCAAAGAAUCCAUGCAGUCCAGAUACAGGCCAUUCGGUCCACCGAGUCUGCACCGACUCCCCGAAAAGCAACCUACCCAGAGCCAGCUCCCUUACCCUAUCCCUGUAUUUCCCAUGGCUAAGUCACCUAGCCUGCUCAAAUCUGAACACUAUGGGGCAACUUAGCUUCGCCAAUCCACCUAACCUGCACAUCUUUGGACCGACGGAGAAAACUGGAGCACCUGGUGGAAACCCAUGCAGACACUGGGAGAACAUGCAAACUCCACGCAGAUAGUCAAGGCUGGAAUGGAACCCGGUCCCUGGUUCUGUGAGUCAGCACAAUGGUAACAACUGUGCCACCGUGCUGCCCCAAUGUGGUGGCAACAUUGCUGUUAGAAUUUCUGUUGAGAUCCUGUGUGUCACUAAUACACAGUCCGCAGUUUCACUGCCGUGCAGGAAUGAGAUGCUGACGACCACUUUGUAGGUUAGACUUUUGUUUACUCGUGGAAGUCUUAGAUGUAAACACUUGCUGGUGAUCUUCUGAGCUGUGUGGAAGCCAAAGAAUGGGAAAUGUUCAACAUGUUGCAGUGUUAUCUUCAACAAAUACAGAACUGAUCAGUUUAAAUAUAAAGGGAGCUAAAUCUAUUCUGUCUGUAGAAAGGGUAAGUAAAAUUGUAUGUUUACAUUACAUCUGUAGUGUCAGUGUAAAGUGGUGUUCCCUUGUAAAAAAUCUAAAUUUGCAAUUCCUGACCUGGCUGUCAAAGGAACCACUUUAUUCCAGAGUCAGCUUGGUCCCUGACUCUUGAUUCACCUAAAAGUCUGUUCACUUUUGACUGUGAAGCCACUUGCAUGGGUACUACUGGUAUAAUGUAAUUUUGCCUUAGGUUUGUGGGAGGACUGUAAAAGUGAAGGUGAAGAUAUUCUUAGUAUAUAAGCAAAAGGAAUGAUUUUAACCAGUGAUGUACUUGUAAAAUUAGGCAAACAGUGCAAUGUUUGUGCAUGUUGUUCACUGCAGUGCUGGCUACAUGUCUUCCCCCAACCCCGACAAUUGGUACUGUACUUUAGUUUGUGUAUUUUCCAUUUUUUUUAGUAAAGAAUUGUGUUUACGAUGUUCAGUUGACAGCAUAAUCAUCAUGUAAACAGAAAGUGAAUGGUUAAUCAUGUGCACUGUGGUAAACUGUUGACAAAAUAAAGUACUUGUUUCUUGUACCACAAUGGUGUUUGUAGUCUAGAAAUUACAGUUAAUUAGUUUCAUAUUCCACUAUCUGCUAUUUUAUUGCAGGUGUCAGGUGAUUCUGUUUUAAAUAUGUUGCUAAAUUCAAUGUAAUAUAUGAAUGUUUAUUGUUCAUGUGCUAACAUUACUGGAUUAAUCAACACUAAUGUAAUAGAUCUUUUAAUCACAGUAAUUGUCACAAGCUUCAAGAUCUUGAUCAGCAUUUUGAUGGUUGACUGAAUGUUACAUUCUUCACCUUUUAUGCUUUUUAACACACAUCUUGUAUCCCCAUUGGAAGUACAUGCAAAUGAUGUACAUGGAUGAAAUAUGAAUAAUGACAAUAAAUAAGCCUUUAAC